UGCGACACGGAUGCAUCCCAAUCAUGGCACGUGUCACUGCGACAGGCUUUCACCGAAUGACACGAUUUUCGAGACUCGGGACGACAACGGCAUCCCUCCGGAGCGGAGUUUCAACGGCGUAGCUGGUUUUGGGAUGUACAUAAAGACUGUUUUGCGUUUCGACAAUCGUCGUUAACAGUGACUCGAAAUUGUUGUUUUCGGUGCUGAGGACGAAGAAGCCAGGAUGAUCUCUAAGCUGUACACAGGCAUCCGCAUCAGUGAUCGUACAAACGACGCAUGGUUCGUCUUUCUCAGAUCGCCCAUUAUACUUUCUAGUAUUGCGGCCUUUCUCUUGUAGUACCCAGAACUUUGGUGCGCAGCCUUUGGCCAUGUGGCUGGUCGACACAGGGAACCACAUUGUAUCGCGUUGCGGAUCAUCGACAGAAUGGCACACGCUCAUACGCCACCCUCUCCCACACAUGAGCAAUCAAGAGGUCGAGUUCCACCACAUGUGGAAUCUCAACAGCGCAAAGACAAAAACCGGAUGGAACAAAGUCAGGAUGACCUGCAAAGUAGCUCGCUCUAGAUUCAAGUACGCAUGGGUCGACACAUGCUGCAAUGACAAGAGCAGCAGCGCCGAGUUGACUGAGGCUCAACCAGCCGAAAAAUGUUACGUCUACCUAGCAGACCUUAGUCCAAUACCCGAAGGGCUUAGGGGCACAAAACUACCCAAGUGCCGCUGGUGUUAUCGGGGCUGGACUCUGCAAGAGUUGAUAGCCUCGAAGCAAAUCGAGUUUUACGAUAAGAAAUAGAACUUUGUAGGCGAGAAGAGCGACCUCAUAACCAUCGUUCAAGACAUCACACGAGUCGAAGUGAGCAUUUUGCAGGAUAACUCGGACCUGCAAACGCUCCCGAUUGCACGUCGCAUGUCCUGGGCCGCCAGCCGCAAGGCCGCAAGAGUCGAAGACAUUGCCUACUGCCUCCUUGGCAUAUUCGACAUCAACAUGCCAUUGCUGUACGGCGAGGGAUCAAAAGCAUUCCAAAGACUUCAAGAAUACAUCGCUAAUGCGACCAACGAUCUGAGCCUUUUUGCGUGG